AUGGGUGAAGAAUUAAAAAAUCAACAGUGUUUAGAAACUGAAUCUGGUGAAUUAUUACCGGAAUUACAAUUAUUAUUUACUUUAAAGCCAGGAAUGGAUCGACGUCGAUAUAAUGCUCAAAGAACUAAUGAAGUUGCUGCUGUUUUUUGUACUACUGCUGAUGGAGAAAUUCCAGAAUCUUACGUUACAAUACGUAAUAAAAAUACUAAAACUUUACAAAAUGUUAGUAUUAUGGAUCCAAAUGUUGAACCAUGGAUAUAUCCAUUGUUUUAUCCAUAUGGCACUCAAGGAUGGCAUCGUUAUUUAACAAAAGUAAAUAGUGAUAAACGAAUAAGUCGAGCACAAUAUAUUAAAUAUCGUAUGGCUAUUCGUGAUGAAUUCAAUGUUUUUUUGUUAGGACGUCGCUUAUUUCAGCAGUGGCUUGUAGACAAUUAUGUAAAAAUUGAAAAAGAUAGAAUUGAUUUUUGCAAAAAUCAUCAGAAAGAAUUACGUACUGAAACAUAUCAAGGUUUAAGAGAUUAUUUACAAACUACGGCGAAUAACUUAAAUGGACGUGUUGGUAAAAUGGUUAUAUUGCCUUCCACGUUUACUGGAUCGCCGCGUAAUAUGUUACAAAAUUACCAAGAUGCAAUGGCAAUUGUUAGUAAAUUUGGUAAACCAGAUCUUUUUAUUACUAUGACUUGUAAUCCAAAAUGGCGUGAAAUCGAAGAAAACUUAUUGUCUGGUCAACAAGCUUCUGAUAGACCUGAUAUUUGCGCUCGUAUUGUUGAUAAAUACAUUUCUGCUGAAAUUCCUGAUCCUGAUGAAAAUCAUAUUUUACAUGAUAUAGUUAUGAAACAUAUGAUACAUGGACCUUGUGGCGAUUGGUGUUUGGUAGAAGGACGCUGUUCAAAACAUUUUCCAAAAUCUUUUCUUGAAGAAACUAAAAUGGAUGAAG